ACGGUUACUUACAGUUGUUAAUGUCUGUGUCAUUAUGGUCUUUUGUGGAUAGUUGUCUCAUUGGCAAUCAUACCACAUCUUCUUUUUUCUAUUGUCGGUAGGACUAGAAUACAUAUCCUGAUAAGGACUGCACGGUUCAGCUACCAAGCAAACUAAUCGUAACCUAAAGAUUCCAGCUUUACCUACAAACUCCAUGCAUUCUGCUAUAACAGACCAUAUCUGUGACGAGACAAUCGCUCAACUACUAAAAUAAAUUGGCUUCUUAACAAAUUUGUAUUACCUAAUCUGUAUGGUCAGAUGAACUACCAAACGAUGUAUUUUUAAUAUGACUUAUACAGGGCAUAUAAUUUUGAUACUACUAAAUUCAAUCAUUGACCAAUACAAAAUACAUCUACAAAGCGAAUGUACAUGUAUAUGCCUCCUCUUCUAGCUAACCAGACCUAUGCGUUAAAGUCCACAAAAAGUUCUAAAUAUGUAAUUAUUCAAUGAUCAAUAACUGAUUUAAAAAUAAUGUCAUGUAUCAUGAUACCAACUCUCAUGCAGUAUGUAGAAAACACCUAGAUAUUCAAUAUCAGGAAUCGUAGUUUCGUCUAGGAACUCUGAGUAUGUUGUUAGAUAGUUUGUUGCAAUUAGAUAUUGGUCUUGUGUAGGGUGUGUUCUGACUACUCUGCUUUGCAGGAGUGAAUAAGAAAACUAGGAAUUUUAAUGCCUUUUUUUCUUGAAUUAAUUUGUUCUUUGGGAAUUCCAACUGUGUGUGUUGGAUAUUUACACGUUGAAUUUACAAUCAAGCAGGCUGAUGCUUAUUUUAUACAUGUACACGAUGCAAAUCGAAAAUGAUAAAAAUAUGUCUGUUCGGAAGUUACCUUUCUUAAAAACCGUUAAAGGCUGGAUAAUAAUUGUUUCUUAAUUUUUGAUUUUUUGAAAAGAAAUGUAUACGGUAAAUAAUUAAAAAUACUUACUUCAAUGUCACGAGAGUAAAAGGCUGGUUAUAUAUUCGUAUCUAUAUUUGAAUGGAAUACCUGCCUAUUAGAUAAUAGAUGAUGUUAGCACGGUGGAACAAUUAUCUAUGAAAUGAUGUAAGCAUGGGUGGCAUAACUACCUAUUAAUUGAUGUAAGCUUGUGUGGCAUAACUACCUAUUAAAUGAUGUAAAACUUGUGUGGCAUAAAUACCUAUUAAAUGAUGUAAGCUUGGGUGGCAUAACUAACUAUUAAAUGAUGUUAGCAUGGGUGGCAUAACUACCUAUUGAAUGAUGUAAGCUUGGGUGGCAUAACUAUCUAUCAAAUGAAAUGAUUUAAAAUCAUAAAAUUGUUUGACUUAAUUAAUUAGCUUCAAUGAUUGAAAACAAGCUUUAAACUGACAACUAUAAUAAAUGACAGUGCCUGACGACUGAUUUGUUUUGAUAAGAACCGUUAUGACUCGUUAUGAGUAAUUAACAUAAGAGAGUAUAAAACAGGUAAAAUGACAAGAGCAGCUCAUUGUCAAAGUGUCCUCACACAGUGAUCUACUAAUAUAUACCAAUGGCUUAUCAACAGAACCUUCCAACCAAGAUAUCCUUCAGUAUUGAAGUACUAUCAAAGAGCAGCAGGAUUACGGAUCCCGUCUGUUCUGAUGCAGUUGUCAACCAUGUACAAGACAUAUAUCUUCCGAACAGCAGACGGUCAUGUAUAGCAGAUACAAACCAUGCAAAUACCAUCUCAGCUCAACGCCAACAGUUCAAGAGGAAACGACAAGACGACUCAUUACAUUCGGAAGACAACAGUUUCAGCUCUACAGAUUCCGAUUCAAGAGAUUGCUCUUCACCUGGUUCCUCUUCCGACAAUUCAUCAAAGUCUGAUCAACGAACAAAGAGAGCCAGAACUACCUUCACAAACUCACAACUGUUGGAUCUAGAGCGAUACUACAGUAACAGCAACUAUCUCCAGAUUGAAGAUCGACCAGUGCUCGCCAAGAAACUCAAACUCAGUCAGCACAAAAUUAAAUGGUGGUUCCAGAAUAGAAGAAUGAAAGAAAAACGUCACAUCAAAAGUACCGGCUACCACGGUUCACCAGAAUUAUCACAGUUUGUUGGUGUUGGUAAACCUGGUUCAAGAAUGAUGGAAUUGAAUAAUAACUUUAGUCAGCAGCCAUACUCACGGUUUCCUGUGUUCUCACCGUCUACGUAUGGUAUGUUAUCGUGUGGGUAUCCUGGUUAUAUUCAGCAGUUUUACAAUAGUGUAUCACCACAGGCAGUGCAACAUUACAGAACUUGAAAUCAGCUACAUAUAUGUGCAUCUAUUUUGUUAAAAAUGUGUAUUUGUUUGUUUUAUUUAUUCUUAUUUGUUAUUGAUGUAGAAAUAAAAGGGAAUUACUAUAUGAUUGCAUUACGUGUCUUUUUUUCUAUGAUACUUGUUAUCCAUCUCUUCCCAGAGCCUAAACACACAAUAUUACACAAAA